AUGUUGGUUGGCAACAUCUAUGUCAUUGCGGGCAUCGCCGUCGUCGGCGGUGCCCUCUUUGGGUUUGAUAUCUCUUCCAUGUCUGCUCAGCUGAACGAAAACUCCUACAAAUGUUACUUUAACCAAGGCCCUCAGGGUCCUCCAUUCACCGACGAUCCAGACUGCUCCGGCCCCGAAUCGUUGGUUCAAGGAGGGAUCACCGCCUCCAUGUCUGCUGGCUCUUGGCUGGGCGCGUUGAUUUCCGGUCCGUUGUCUGAUCGCAUUGGCCGAAAGACUUCAAUCAUGGCCGCUUGCUCUCUUUGGAUAAUUGGGUCCACGAUCAUGUGCGCCUCGCAGAACAUUGGCAUGCUCAUUGUGGGCCGCAUCUUCAACGGUCUCUGUGUCGGUAUCGAAUCUGCCCAGGUCCCAGUGUACAUCAGUGAAAUCUCGCCGCCGUCGAAACGAGGUCGGUUUGUUGGUGUCCAACAAUGGGCCAUCACAUGGGGCAUUCUUAUCAUGUUCUAUAUCUCGUAUGGAUGUUCCUACAUCGGUGAUCGGUCCGCCUUUGGAUAUAGCACCGCAGCGUGGAGAAUCCCUUGGGGUCUGCAGAUGAUUCCCGCCGUUUUCCUCUGCCUGGGUAUGAUGAUUCUCCCGGAGUCCCCGCGAUGGCUGGCCCGAAAGGACCGUUGGGAAGAAUGCCAAACCAUCCUGGCAAAGGUCCACUGCAAGGGAGACAUGAACCACCCAUUUGUUGCGCUUGAAAUGCAGGACAUCCGGGAGAUGUGUGACUUUGAACGCCAGUUCAAGAAUGUCACGUACUUGGACCUCUUCAAGCCAAGAAUGUUGAACCGCACCAUCAUCGGCCUUUUUAUGCAGAUCUGGUCCCAGUUGACCGGCAUGAACGUCAUGAUGUACUAUAUUACAUAUGUCUUCUCGAUGGCAGGCUACUCUGGAGAUUCAAACCUCCUAGCCUCUUCCAUUCAAUACAUCAUCAACGUGCUCAUGACCCUCCCCGCUCUGAUCUGGUUAGAUCGCUGGGGCCGACGGCCGACCUUGCUGAUCGGAGCGGUACUAAUGGCCACUUUCAUGUACGCCAAUGGUGCCAUCAUGGCCGUACACGGUGAGGUCGUGCCCGGAGGUAUCGACGGAGUCGCCCAGCAGUCGAUGAGAUUACACGGCGCGGCAGCUAAAGGAUUGAUCGCAUGUACCUAUCUCUUCGUGGCAUCCUAUGCCCCAACCUGGGGCCCUGUCAGCUGGACCUACCCGCCAGAGCUGUACCCCAUGCGUCUCAGAGGUAAAGGUGUUGCCUUGUCAACGUCCGGAAACUGGGCUUUUAAUACCGCGUUGGGUCUGUUCACUCCCCCUGCGUUUGCCAACAUUCGCUGGCAGACGUAUAUCAUCUUCGGCGUGUUCAACACCGCUAUGCUCAUACAUGUGUACUUCUUCUUCCCCGAGACGGCCGGUAAGACGCUGGAGGAGACUGAGGCUAUGUUCGAGGAUCCCAAUGGCAUCAAAUAUAUCGGCACACCGGCAUGGAAGACACGGGUAACGACGGGGCGGAUUCAGCAAUUGGAGAGAGGUAAUGUCGAGGGUCUCGAGUCGAAGGCGCAGCAAGAACCGGCGGCUCGGGAGGUCGAAGUGACUCAACCGGAGCAGAAGACGGCAUCGUAG